AUGACUACUGCGGAAAGAUUCUCUCCCCAGACCGUCAUCGGCGUGGUCAAUCUGGAGAUCCCUGAAGAUGACACACCUCAGGAGAUCAAGACUGCAAUCAAAGACCACAGGCCGAAAGGGAGCAAGAGUGGAGAGAUUGGAUAUAUAAGACUUGUUUAUGUCCUCGAAGCUUGGCGGAGGCAGAAAAUUGCAACGACACUUUUGUCUGUAACCUUCAAGGAG